AUGCCGGAUGAUGGCCUCUGCGACGACCUUGCCCUAGUUUCCAGACGCGCCGUCGUCCUUGAGGGCUUGGAGGGCACUGAAGCCGCCUCAGAUGCCAAAGGACAUGCGACUUGCGGUGAGGUUAUGGCGUGGAAUGUGACGAGCAUCGCGGCAAGAAUGCGAGGAAUCAUACUCGACUCGGGAGCUGCGACAUCAUGCCGGAUCCCUCACAUCAUACCUCGGGAUCUGCAACUUCAGAUCGCCGCUAGGCAUCGUCUAGAUACUCGGGGUCUCCCGCCCGCUAGACAUGGCCUGCGAGCGGAAAGGCACCGGAUCAAGGAGCAGAAGAGGUCAGUCAUUGCUGGGCCGAUGAUGUAUCAGAAGCAUUAUCCGCAGUCGAGCAGGAGACAGAAUGGCAGAGUACAAAAAUAA